UAUUAAUCAACCUCAGUGGUUGCAUUCCCAAUAAUUACCAGCGAACCUAAGUUAUUCCACAUAUUGGUUAAGGAAUAUAAUCAGUAUGAAUUUAGGUUAUUGGAAAAUUAUCUUAGCUUUAAUCAGUCUAAAGGCAUAUUCCACAUUUUCGGCGCAAACAACCGCCGGACCUGGACCUAAUAAUUUAACGGAUUUAAAUACAUCGAGUACACUAAAUACAACAUCUACCGGUCUCUCGGAUGAAAUAAUAUCCUCGACACUAGUUGUGAAUGGAACCUUUACUACUACGGAAACCACAAUUACUGAAGCCGGAGUUAAGCCCGCUCAGAGUUCUAUAGAGAAGCCAUCAGAGCCAGCAGACUGCUCGCAGCGGGAAAAAUACAGAAAGCAACCAAUUGCAAAAGAAUCUUCCCGAUUACGAAAAUGCUGUCCACAUGGAGAAAACCUAGAUAUUUAUCGCGAAAAUCAAAGUGAUUCCAUGUGCGACAACGGUAUUUUGAACUUUCAACCGUCUAUAAUAAGUGCGGUUCUGUUUGAUAACUGCAUUGAAGACUUGGAGAUCGAGACUAAGCUAGACUACGACAUUGGAAAUCCAUGUAACAGCUCCCUUAUAUAUGACGAUGAAGAGGACGUUUUUUUCGUUUUACAAGACGGAUCAUUGUUAAUUAUUGACAAGUUCGGCAAUGAAUCGUAUACAGUCCAAGAGAAUUACUGCUUGGAUAUUGAUAAAUCUGGACAUUUUUUUGCCUUUACAUGUGUUACGCAAGUUGAAGAACAAAUUGCAUUCGCAAAAGUCAUUUUUGUUGCUGUUUUAAUGCUCAUAUCUAUGCCCUGUCUAUUAUUAGUUAGUUAUUUGCACAUGACACUUCGUUUGUUGCGUAACUUACAUGGUCUCUCCUUAAGUUUGAUGUCUUUGUGCUUGGCUUCUGGAUACUUUGUGCAUUCAGUGGUGCACAUAUAUGGCAUCCCGAACCAAGGAUUUAUUGGCUAUGUUAUACAGUUUUGUAUUUUAAGCUACUUUUUCUGGUACUUCUGUAUAUGCUUUAACGUUCUCUUAAAUGUGUGGUACAAGUUGCCCUGCUGCAUCCAGCUUUCUAAGCCUUGGGCCACGUUUAAUUUUGCGUGCUACACUGUUUUGGCCUUUUCUGGACCGGCUACUAUAGUUGCGUUAACAGUUCAAAAGGGUUUGCCAGGAAUGCCAUCCUACUUUCUGCAAGGCCUCACGGAAUCUAUACGAGACUCACAGCGUUAUUUUAUACCUCCAGUUUCCACGAUUCUUUUUCUUAGUUUCUUGAUUAACAUCAUAUCAUUCUUCGGAUUUCAACGUAUAAACGGGUACGAAAAAGCUGAAAAGGGGGAUCAAGUAGAGCGAAAUUUAUUAUUUGAUCAACAAAAAUACGAGGACGUAAAAAAGGACGCCAAAUGCGUCAGUUUACUUGGAAUAAUUAUGGUCAUAAGCUGGCUACUCGAAAUAGUCACAUUUUACUCGGGAUCCAAUUCGAAUUACCUGCUUCUUUGCGACAUGGUAAAUGGUCUUCAAGGAGUUUGGGUACUGCUAAUAUUUCUUGUUGUGCGGAGGCGCCGCACAAUAAUAUUAAGGUGGUGGUAUGAUCGGGGCUCCCACGAACUUCAAGGAACCGAGCUGCAAGCUCUUAGUAAUAGCAACAAUCCCACAUAGACAUACAAUUUUAAUAUAAAAACUAAUUUUCACAUAACGCUUCCUUUUUAUAUCACGUCUUCAAUUCUGGAUAAUUUAAGGAGAAAAUUAUGAUUUAAUUAUAUGAAAUAUUUAAGCAGAGAUAUAAGAUAUAAGAUCGGAAGCAUCAGCCUCUUCCCUUCCAGGCCGGACAACAAAAUUUGCAUUUUGUAUUUAAGUUACAACUCGACCCAAAAAUCAUAAAAAACA